AUGGAUGUAUCCACAUUACAAACUCCCCAACAAAAGAACCGUUCCAUAUUGUUAGAAUUCAUCUUAAUUGGAUUUUCUGAUGUUCCCAAUUUGCAAGAAUUUCUUUUUGUGGUGUUCUUGAUAAUGUAUUUAAUUAUUGUGAUGAGCAAUAGUUUUAUCAUCAUAAUUACUAGGACUGACCCUUCUCUGCAGACUCCCAUGUAUUAUUUCCUUGGAAAUUUUUCUUUCUCAGAAAUAUGUUAUGUGUCAGUCAUUCUCCCCAGAUUAUUAACCAGUCUCUACAGACAAGACAGAAGCAUUUCCAUUAUAGCAUGUGCUACUCAAAUGUAUUUAUUCCUUUGUUUGGGGGCCACUGAAUGCCUUAUUCUGACUGUUCUGGCUUAUGACAGGUAUGUUGCCAUUUGCAACCCAUUGCUCUACCCUGUCAUCAUGAACAAUAGUUUCUGUAUACAACUGGCAACUGGCUGUUGGGUAUUUGGAGUUCCUGUGCAUAUAGGGUUCACAUAUUGGAUCUUCUCUCUACCAUUUUGUGGAUCAAAUCAGUUGAAUCAUUUUUUCUGUGAUGUACCUCCAGUAGUGACCCUAGCUUGUGAGGACACUUUAAUGCUAGAGGUAGUGAUUUAUGUGAUUGCCCUUUUAGUGGUCACAAUUCCUUUUAUGUUCAUACUUGGAUCUUAUGUAAAAAUAAUCUCAACAAUUCUGAAGCUUCCAUCUGCUACUGGGAGAGCCAAGGCCUUCUCUACAUGUUCUUCCCACCUUAUAAUUGUAGCUUUAUUCUUCGGAUCAGGUAUCAUCACAUAUUUGAGACCAAAGUCCAGCUACUCAGCAGUAACAGACAAAUUCCUUUCUCUUUUCUAUACAGUUGUGACCCCACUGUUUAAUCCCAUAAUAUACUGUUUGAGAAACAAAGAUGUUAUGAUUGCAUUGAAAAAGUUUCUUUUGAGACAUUUUAUGUUUUGA